AUAUCGUCCACCAUACUGUACUGUAAUGGCUGCCAAAGUCGAGCUCGCGUCCAGCAGCGGCGGCCCUCCAGCGGCGGAGGCCGCGCCGCCUGCCUCCGCGCCUGCGUGGCCGCCACUGCACGCGCUGGCCACGGCGCAGCCGCCGGCGCUCGACGCGGCUGCGCUGUCGCACAUACACGCGCAGCAGAUCCUGCUGCAGGAGCUGCAGGUUCGCGCGGCUGCAGAGGCGGCUCGCGCUGUCGGCCUCUCUCCGAUGGCGGCGCUGCAGGCUCUGCCGCACCUGUCUGAUCUGCCAUGGGUGCGCCGCGCCGCGCCCGCGCGCGCAUCGGAGCCCACGCCGCUGCUGCGCAGCGCACAUCGCGCGGAAAAGAGCUCUCCCUUUCCCGCCGUAGCCACCGCGCACGCGCCCACCCCCGCAUUUGCCUCUGCGCAGCCAUCAAUGAUGCCCUCGGUCGACUCGCACGCUGCGGCGCUGGCGCUGGCCGCGGCAGGCACGGGCGUGCAGGGUGUGCAGGGCGUGCAGGGGGCGGCGGCGGCGGCGGCAUGCAGUGCUCUGAUACCGGCGGCGGCCGAGUCCUCUGCGUCUGCUGCGUCUGGUGGCGGCUCUGCGGCCGGCGGCGGCUCUGCGGCUGCGGCCGGAGGAGAGGAGGAGGAGCAAGACUACACGUGCACCGUCUGCCGCAAGGUCUUCAAGCGCGAGAUGAACCUCGUCUUCCACAUGACGACCCACCGGCCAAAGCAGCCGCAGUCCGAGACGGCGGACACGGGCGCGCAGGCGGACAACGGCCUGGAGCCGGUGACGUGCCAGGACUGCGGCAAGACGUUUGGCACAAAGUACCAGGCGAAGAAGCACUACCUGCGCCGCCACUUCAAGGGGGAGCGCCCCUUCCCGUGCACAAAGUGUGGCAAGCGCUUCGUCGUGCGCGAGGACCUGACGAUGCACAUGAAGUCGUGCGGCAACAUCUACGAGUGCGGCUCGUGCAAGGUGAAGCUCUGCUCGCUCGGCGCGCUCAAGCGGCACUGCAAGCAUUUUGGACACAGCGCGGCGGAGCAGAUGGCGGUCCACUUGGUGGCGCAGGCGGAGGCGGCAAAGGCGCAGGCGGCGCAGGGGACGCCCCACUUGGGCAUGAGCAUGCUGAGCGCGGCGUCAAACGGGCAGUUUGCCUCCCCGGCCCUGCACGACCGGCUCGCGGCGCAGACGCUCGUGCUCUCAGCCUCGUCGGGCAACAUCAAGGCGCUCGCCGAGGCGGAGUGAGGGGCGCCUCCGCGGGGCACCAAGCGCCGAGUACACGGGCCGCCCGGACCUCGCCGCCCGGACCUCGCCGCCGCCAUCUUGAUGUCCAUAGCAUCCCCAUGUCUCGUUUGCCGUCGGGCGACAGUUGCAUGCACC